UCCUCCCUUCUCUUCACCAACAUUCACACCGAAGGCGGCAUCGGACCAGAGCUUCAGCCAUACAAGGAACUUUUUUAUGAGCUAAAAAAAUCCCUAGGCUGCCCGGUUCUGUUUUUCUUCUGCAAAUCUUUAGAGUAAAAACCCUUUUUCUCUCUCCAAUUACUGCCACAAGCAAAAGCUGAGAGACAGACGCAGCCUUUCCAACGUGGAUCCCAGUGGACUUUGUGUUUGUCAGCUGGUUUUUGCUGCAUCUGGAGCUGUUUCCACAAUACCGUGUGUCGGGGCUGGCUUUCUGUGGAGUGCUGAACGCAGCUGGAGAAUAAGAGCAAAUCUAACAAAAUGCCAAGGGGCUGCCAGACAGGCAGGCAACAGGCCGACAGCCAAACGCGUUUAUUGUCACCACCGCCUCAACCAGCAGCGGUAGCAUCCUCCUCGUUGCUGCUGUUCCCAAAACCAACCUGCCACCCCAACUUCUUCAAGAAGCACCCGCAAGAAAUCUGCCAGAUCAGCUGCAAAGAGAGCUCCCUAGCGGUCGUGGAGAAAAAUGGGAGCGUUCUCGUGUUUGGCAAAGAGGGUGAACACAGAAAACCCGAAUGCGUGAAUUCCGGAAAGGACAGGAGGGUGCAUUCCUUGGACUGUGGAGCAGCUCAUAUGCUUAUUCUCUCCUCGGAUGGAAAGCUUUCUGAGCACAGCAUUUCAGCCACAGCUAAUAAGUCGGAGAUGAGACUGCUGAAAGAAUUAAGAGACAAAUACAUUGUCCAGAUCGCAUGUGGGGACCAUCAUUCCAUGGCACUGUCUAAAGGAGGUGAGCUUUUUACCUGGGGACAGAACUCGCAUGGUCAGCUUGGAGUGGGGAACCAGACUGCCUUUACCAACAAACCACAACUGGUGCAGGAGCUCAGAGGCAUCCCGCUGGCUCAGAUUGCUGCAGGAGGAACUCACAGCCUUGUCCUGUCGCUCUCAGGAGCUGUUUACUCGUGGGGGAAGAACGAUUUUGGACAGCUGGGACUUGGAGAUAUAGAAAACAAAUAUUACCCUUCAUACAUUAGAGCCCUAGAACAUAAGAAGACUGUGUAUAUCUCGUGUGGUGCAGAGCACACUGCCGUUCUCUCACAGGAUGGGCUGGUGUGUACCUUUGGAGCUGGAGAUUAUGGGCAACUUGGUCACAACUCCACCCGGAAUGAGCUGACACCUCGUAUUGUGACUGAGCUGUUUGGAGCAAGGGUGUCUCAGAUAGCAUGCGGAAGAUGGCACACGCUUGUCUAUGUCCCCUCCUUGGGAAAAGUCUAUUCAUUUGGUUGUGGAGCAGAAGGGCAGCUGGGCAAUCGUGACACAUCUAAUCAGUUGAUACCACUGCCUGUCGAAUUACCUUCAGACUGGGUGAAUGGUGGAAAACUCAACCAGGGAAACAGUACCUCUGAAAAGGUGAUUCAAAUUAUUGCGGGAGGAAACCAAAGCAUUGUGCUUUGCUUGAAGAAAAAGAAUCCAUAUGUUACUUUGAACGGAACUGCCAUAGCAGAAGACAAGGAGGUGGAUAAAUGGAUUUCUAAUUCGGAUCCUAAACAGUGGGAGACUAUAAAGAAGACUAUUUGGCUGAUCUUUUCAUCUGAGGCUUGUGUCAAUGGAAGUUUCUUGGACAAAAGUAGAGACAAACAUUUCAGAACCUCCAAAGAAAUCUCAGGUGUGGAUAUGUCAGCAGUGCUUCUUUUUUAUGAGAAGAUGAACAAGAAACCAAAAGUUUUCCAGGAGAUGAUCUCUGCAGUUGAGAAAUUGCUGUCAUUGCUGUCUUCCUCUCCCAGCUCACCUGAAGCUCUCAGGCUCUACCUGAUCAUUCCUGUCCUUUUACGGGGGCAGGAUAACAUGUCUGACUGUCUUCUUGAUCGGCUAGCAGCAGCCAUCCUGAGUCUCCAACAAAAAGAUCUGAAAGUUCUUGAAUCCCUGUGGUCAAAUCUAGAAAUAUCCUUUUUCAAGGACCUAGUGAGCAUAUAUCAAAGGGUUUCCAGAAUCAAUUUAUGUCUUUUCAUCAUGCAAGCCAGAAACUCUGAAGAAGUUACCUGUGAACCACACUUGAAUAGGACUCUGAAAAUGCUGCAGAUUCUUUACCAGGUGAAUUCCAGUGCUGGUUUCAAAAUACAAGAAAACAACUUCUAUGUACCUGAAGUGAAAAUGAUUUGGGGACAGGAUUGGGAUUUGGAUGAAGGACCAACUUUUGAGCAGCGGAUCAAAAACGAGAUUUCAAAGCGUUUGGAAACGAGGGCUUUGUUGAAACUGACUGCAUAUCCUUGCAUCUUUGACAUGCAAGAUAAGAUUGUGGUUUAUGACAUUGACCGCCAAAUUCUGUUCGGGAUAUAUAACGAAAACUCUUUCCUGGUGCCAUGGUUUUUAGCGAUCAGAAGAGCACACCUUGUGGAUGAUGUGUGGCAGAAUUUAAGGAGCGCAGCACCUAAAACAUUUGAGAAAUUCUUGAAAGUGCACUUCGUUGGAGAACAAGGUAUUGAUGAUGGAGGGUUGUCCCAGGAGUUCUUCACUAUCAUUACAAGGGAACUGUGUUGUCCAGAAGCACAGAUAUUCAGACGUUUUGAGGACUCCAAGCUGAUUUGGUUCCCCUCCCAGGUACCAGGAAGCGAAGACACCUUUUUCCUGAUUGGCACUCUAUUUGGAAUGGCACUGUAUAACAUGAAGAUCGCUCCCUUUCAUUUCCCUCUAGCUCUGUACAAAAAGUUGCUGGAUAUUCCACCCACUCUAGAAGAUUUAAAAGAGCUGUCGCCUACAGAAGGGAGGAAUCUUCAAGAAAUCCUGGAUGAAGACUAUGAUGACAUCCUUGAGAACAUGAUGAUCGAUUUCACAAUAAUGAAGGAACAAGGAGGAUCUAUAGUUUCCAUCGAACUUAAAGAAAAUGGUGCAGACAUUCCAAUCACAAAGCAUAACAGGAAAGAAUACGUUGAUGCAUACGUGAAUUAUGUGUUCAAUGAAUCGGUAAAGAAGCCGUUUGAGGAUUUCAGGAGUGGGUUUUUAAGAGGCUGUCCAGCUAAAAAGUGGAAGCUCUUCCUUCCUAUCGAGUUCCUGACUGUUUUCCGUGGACAUACAAAAUAUGACUGGAAGCUGCUGGAAGAGAAUACAAAGUACGAAGAUUAUGAAAAGUCUGAUCAAACCAUCAAGAAUUUUUGGACUGUGUUUCAUGAACUCCCAGAAGAAAAGAAGAAGAAUUUUCUUGCUUUUCUGACAGGAACGGAUCGAAUCCCUGCCGAAGGGAUGAGACAUUUUCAAUUCACUAUUGCAGACUUUAAAAAAGAAAACCCAGACCUUUUCCAUCCUGUUGCCAAUACCUGCUAUCACGUCUUGAUGCUCCCGAGAUACAGCAAUGAAGAGAUUCUUCGGGAAAAGUUCCUGAAUGCCUUAGAGUUUUAUGAAAAAUUUAGCCUAUCAUAAAUUGGGGCCAAGAAGCAAUUUAAAAAACAUUUUUCAUGUCUUACUUGCAAUAGUCUGUAUUUUUAGCUCUUGUGGGAGAAGCCACCAAAUCCUGUCUUUUAUUUAUGCUGCACCUUAAAAACAUUCAGAUUCAUUCAUCCAUUGGGAUUGCACUUUAACAAAGGAGGUGAUUCUCAGGCCUGCAAAGUACCUAACAUUGUAGAACAGGUUUGUAAAAAGACACUGAACUAACUAACCAAAUGCAACAUUGACCAAACAAAAAUUUAUUAUUGUUAUAGGUUAAAUGACUUUUUCCCCUGCAUAAUCUCUUACAAUAGUUAUAAAGUGUGUGUGUGUGUGUGUGUGUAU